AUGGAAAAGUACGAAUUGAUCAGUCGAAUUGGCGAUGGUACUUUUGGCAGUGUAGCCAAAGCUGUUAACAAAAAAACCGGUCAGUUAGUGGCCAUAAAGAAGAUGAAGCAGAAGUUUUAUUCUUGGGAUCAAUGUGUUAGGUUGCCUGAAGUUGAAGUAGUUCGGAAAAUUCAUAGCCAUCCAAAUGUUGUAAAGUUGCGUGAAGUUAUUCGAGAAAACAAUGAAUUGUUCUUUGUUUUUGAAUUUAUGGAUAACGAUUUGCUCGAUGUGAUCAAGAAGGCCAAGCAUCAGCAGCGACAAGAGGAAACGACCUCCGGUCCGGCCAUACCCUAUUGCAAGAUAAAAAACUAUAUGAGGCAGAUCCUCCAGGGGAUCGCGUACAUUCACAAGAAGGGCUACUUUCACCGAGAUUUGAAACCGGAGAAUCUGCUAAUCCGAUGUAUCGAUGCGGAGGAGGUGGUGAAGUUAGCGGACUUCGGUCUCGCAAAGGAGGUUCGCUCGCGGCCGCCUUUUACCGAUUACGUCUCGACGCGGUGGUAUCGGGCGCCGGAGCUGCUCCUGCAGGAUCGAAACUACGGCCCCCCUGUAGAUAUCUGGGCUGCGGGAUGCAUCAUGGCGGAGCUCAUCACAACCCGGCCGCUGUUUCCCGGAUCGAACGAGGUCGAUCAGCUUUUUAAGAUCAUGGACGUACUAGGGUCUCCAUCCGAGAAAACGUGGCCAGACGGAAUUGUUUUAGCGAAGAAAAUUCGAUACAUGUUUCCAUGCAUGCAGGGGCGUGGUCUGGUGAAAGCACUGCCCAAGCACUCUCCCGCACAAAUUAUUGAUCUAAUUUCUUGCAUGCUAACUUAUGAUCCAAAGAAUCGUUUCACCGCCGAGCAAUGCUUGCAGCAUUCUUAUCUUAGCGUCGGAAUCGACGGGGAGAGCGGUCCCUCCGUGAGAGUGGCCGAGCAGAUCGCGAGCGCGUCGCGGCGCAUGCACCUCAGCCCGAAGAGCGCACCCUCCGCGAUGCAGAAGACGUCGAGCCCGGUGAGCAACACCCCGAAGGACGCGAAGCCCGCCUCGGAGGGGGUCAAGGACCCUACCCUUGUCGAAGGGGGCGCCCUCCCGUUAGCAAAGGCCUACCGCCCCCCUGGCAAACAUGGCCCCCCGGUCGCCUAUCGGGAGCGAAAAGUCAGCGGCGUCGGCGCGAAGAAUGCCGAUCCCGCGCCAUCCGCGAGGCCGAUCCCGCCACCGCUUCAAACCUCCUCGCUUCACAUGGCGGGUACCAAGAGCGUGGUGAACGAAGCCGUCUCGAAGGGGAAUAUCUCGUACCAAAAGGAGACCACCGCGGCGAAGGGAAUCAAAGGGAUGCAUCUUGCAAACAUCCGGCAGCAAGCUCCGACGGAGACGAACGGGAAAGUCUCCAGCACCUCAUCACUUUUCGCGCGCGAUAACAACGUUAACCAACCGCCCGCGUCUGAUGCCAAUCUUCCUUCCGGAACCACGCAUCAAAACGAAACCUCAGGUAUGACAUCUAAGCCCCUGGGUGAAUCGCCAAGCGAAGCUAAGAAGGAUGGCAUCAACCUAGACCAUCUGUUGGAGGAAUUCGCUUCCGAGAUUUGUAACCUUGGACUGAAGAAAAACGAUAGCUCUCUUAGUUGGGGGGAAAAGCAUGUUGAGCCUUCACCGAAACAAGACCCUGCCAAACUGCUUUUAAAGAAUGCUAGGCAUAAGGCGCCAUCCAUUACACCUAAUAAUGAAGAUGCAAACCCCCAUGGGGAGACUGCUAACCGAAAGGGCUUUGCACGGAACAAUAAAUUCGAUACUGAGAACACUUUAGGGAAGGGUAAAUCUGAGUUGCUACACCAAAAUGUUUCUCCUUCAAUUAGAGCUCUCUUGAGCAAAUACAAAGUUUCGAAGCAUCCACCAUAG